GCACUGGCGCACUGCGGCACUACAGGCCUGCAGCGCCGCGGUACCUGAAAACCUCUCUUCCGCCACAAGUCCACCUGCCGCCGCCGCCGCCGCCGCCGCGGCGCCGCCCAAAUGUCUCUGCGCUGCUACCACCACCACCUCAAGGUCCGCGCCCUCCUCUGCGGCUUUGGCGGCGGCUGCUUCCCCACGCGGACGCCCCCCUCCCCCUCGCCCUGGUCUCCGCCUCUCACGCAUUUCAUCAAGCACCUCCUGGGCAGUCCGGCCGCGCUCUCAGGCACCGCCACCGGCGCCGCCUGCGAGCCCUGCUCCCUCACGCUCCACUUCCUCCGCAACACCUGCGGCCUCUCGGAGGAUGAGGCGGCCGCGGCCGCCGCGCGCGUCCGCCUGCGCUCCACCAAGAAGGCGCACGCCAUCGUCGCCCUCUUCCGCGGCAUCGGCUUCUCGGCCGCCGACAUCGCCCGCCUCGUCACCUCGAACCCGUCCUUGCUCUCUUACCGGGCCGACGCCACCCUCAUGCCCAAGAUCGAGUUCUUCCGCCGCGAGCUCGGCCUCACCGACGCCGAGAUCCGCCGCCUCGUCCUCGCCAACCCCUACCGCGUCCUCCGUUACAGCCUCAAGCGCUGCAUCCGCCCCAACUACCUCAUCCUCAGAGACCUCCUCGGCAGCGACAAGAACGUGACCGCUGCCGUCUUGCAGUCCACGGAUCUCAUCCACGGGGACGUUCGUGGCAUCCUCCUCCCCAAGAUCAAGAUCCUCCAGGACUACGGCGCCACGAACGAUGUCAUCGUCAAGCUGGUCACCACGCACCCCAGGGCACUCAUGCAUAGGGCCUCCCGCUUCGAGGAGAGCUUGGCUGCCAUGAAGGAGCUCGGGGUCAGACCUUCCUCUGGAAUGUUCCCCUAUUCCUUCGGGCUCUUUGCCAGAUUGCAUCCAAGGAAAUGGAAGGGCAGGAUGGACAAUUUCUUGAGCUUGGGAUGGACAAAGGAGCAAGUGAUUGAGGCGUUUGUGAGGCACCCGUACUGCAUGUCCGUGUCGAAUGACAAGGUGAAGCUCAUCUGGCAGUUUCUCGCGAAGAAGCUCAGGUGGACCACCGAUUAUGUCGCAAGGAGCCCGAUGGUUCUCUCCUUCAGCUACGAUAAGCGAAUCUUGCCAAGGUGCACGGUGCUGAACUUGUUGGCAUCGAGGGGCAUAUUCAACAGGGACAUCAAGACAUCCCAUCUGGUACUGGGGGAGAAGAAGUUUAAGGAGAAGUAUGUCACCCCUUACCAGGAUGAAAUUCCUGAGGUACUGGAAGCUUAUUCUUCUGUGGCAGAAAGUCGAGUCCCCGUGUAUAAGUAGCUGGAGAGGAUUAUGCUGCGCUUCACCGUGCAACAAAGGCACUGCCUUCCCCUUGACUUUAAUUAUGUUCAAUUUCAUUGAAUGCUUUCUUUUCUUUCUGAAAUCAAGGCAUGCAAUGGAGCUGAAAACAAAUUGUUGUAGGAUUCUUGAAAUAUGAAUGAUUGAAACUGCGAACAUACUGGUUACAUGAACUAGUCCAUGACACUAUUUGCUAAGAAAUAUGCGAAAUGCAUUCCUGAUGGCAAAUAACAUUGUGAGCUUGUACAGUUGAACUAUUUAUGGGCAUAAGUGGUUUAGGUUCGUGAGAAGAGUAGAAGACGUCAUGCAAUUUAGGUGUAGCUUGUUAUAGCUGAAUUUUCUGUCUUGACUCUUGAACACAUGCACAGUAUUGUAAUUCCAGGAACAAAACCCUUAUCAUUACUACUGAUGUAGAUUGUCAUAACAAUCAGGUGAUUUUAGCUCUGUGAAUGUCCUAUCUCUUGGAUUAUAAUAAAAUGUACUUUUGGUCUGUCAA